CGAGCAUUAAUUAUACACCUCUCUUUCUGUCUGAAUGAAACGAAUUUAUCACCUACAACACUCCAAACUCCAUAUUUAUUGUCAUGCAUAUGGGCUUCCUCUUUCUCCGUCCCUGCCUUGCUCUACUUUUUUCUUAAAGAAGACAAAAUAAUCUCUCUCUCUCUCUCGAUUGUUAGUUUGUGUCUCUCUCUCAGACAUAUGAUCGAAUAGUGGGGCGACAGCCGACAGAAGGAUAAGUUUUGAGGUUUUGCUUGUUUUUUUGUGCGAUUCAAGGAAAUGGGGAUCUUCUCAUUGAUCACAGGGAGGGCAGGCCCAAGUGGGUUCGGAUCAGCUUCAACGGCUGAACAGGUUACUGCAGGGAUUGAUGCAAGUAACCUCACUGCCAUUGUCACCGGAGGGGCAAGCGGAAUUGGGUUGGAGACAGCAAGAGUGUUGGCUCUUCGGAGAGCUCAUGUCAUCAUUGCUGCCAGGAACAUGGAAUCUGCAAAUGCGGCAAAACAGCACAUUCUUAAAGACAACGAAACGGCACGCGUGGAUGUUCUGAAGCUCGAUCUGUGCUCCUUGAAGUCCAUCAGAGCAUUUGUUCAUAGCUUUAACGCUCUUGACGUUCCUCUUAACAUUUUGAUAAACAAUGCCGGUGUCAUGUUCUGCCCAUUCCAGCUUUCAGAAGAUGGGAUGGAGAUCCAAUUUGCAACAAAUCAUCUGGGUCAUUUUCUCUUGACAAAUCUUCUUCUUGAGAAAAUGAAGCGCACAGCGAGAGCAACCGGUGUGGAGGGCAGGAUUGUCAAUCUGUCAUCAAUAGCCCACGCCCACACUUACCAGAGUGGAAUAAGAUUUGAGAAGAUGAAUGAUAGAAUUGGUUAUUCUGACAAAAGGGCUUAUGGCCAAUCCAAAUUAGCAAACAUAUUACAUGCUAAUGAGCUGUCUCGUCGUUUGCAGGAAGAAGGUGUAAACAUUACAGCCAAUUCAGUCCACCCAGGAUUGAUAAUGACUCCCCUCAUGAGACAUUCUGCCGUUAUGAUGAGGAUGCUGCAGGUGUUCACCUUUUUCAUAUGGAAGAACGUACCUCAGGGAGCAGCCACGACUUGCUAUGUUGCACUCCACCCACGUGUGAAAGGUGUGGGUGGAAAGUACUACGUGGACUGCAAUGAGAUGCAGCCAAGUGGGUUUGCUAGAGAUGCAGUUUUGGCUAAAAAGCUCUGGGACUUCAGCAACAAGUUGGUUGAUUCUGCUUCAAAGCCUUAACAAUGGCUGCUUCAUUUCCCCUUGAUAUUUGCCUGAAGCAAUCGAUUGAUCGAUUGAUUGAUUGUUGCUUUGAUAUUUGUGAAGAAUUUCCAGUUUCUUUCCAAUGAAUUUGAUUUUAUGCCUUUUUUUAUUUUUCUUAUUUAUGAAUUUGGACCUUAAUUCCCUUUCUCUGUUGCCCAAUGCAAAUUGAUUUAAUAAAAAGG